GUGUAAUUUUUUUUUUUUUAUAUCGGCUGAAUGCUGAGUCAAGCAGAGUCAAGUUGACGACUAAAAUCCACUAAAAUCUCUCCCAUACAUUUUGUGUAUGUGUGUGUAAAUAUUUUUUAGUUUAUUUUUUUUUUUUUAUCAUUUACUGUUGGAUGACUCACAUGACAAUUAUCAGAUGUCAAAAUUAAAAAACAGCUAAUCAUAAUAUUAGUUAUAAAUAUUAUAAUUAAUAGUAUAUUUAUAAAAAACCCAUAUUGGGAAAAUAAAAAUGUUUCGUACACCACAUUUUGAUAAAUUACUUGAAAAAGCUACAAGUAAUUUACAUUUAGAGCCAGAUUGGCCAACAAUACUCCAAAUAUGUGAUCUCAUACGUCAAAAUGAUGUCCAGCCAAAAGUAGCACUAGCAGCAAUACAAAAAAAAAUAACAAAUGCAAAUCCUCAUAUUGCAUAUUUUGGUUUAUUGGUACUUGAAUCAUGUGUUAAAAAUUGUGGUAGUUUAAUGCAUGAAGAAAUUGGUACAAAACAAUAUAUGGAACAACUUAAAGAUAUUGUUAAAACAUCAACACAUGAAAAUUUAAAAAAAAAAAUACUUGAAUUAAUACAAGCAUGGGCAUUUGCAUUUAGAAAUAGUCCAAAAUAUACAGCAAUUAAAGAUACUGUAACAAUAAUGAAAGCUGAAGGCUAUGAAUUUCCAUUAUUAAAAGAAAGUGAUGCAAUGUUUUCAGCAGAUACUGCACCAGAAUGGGCUGAUGGUGAUGAUUGUCAUCGUUGUAGAGUAUCAUUUAAUUAUAUACAACGUAAACAUCAUUGUCGUGCAUGUGGACAAGUUUUUUGUGCUCAAUGUUCAAAUAAAAAAUCAAUGUUACCAAAAUUUGGUAUUGAAAAAGAAGUUAGAGUUUGUGAAGCUUGUUUUGAUAAAAUAAAUAGCAAGCCAAGUACAGCAAGUACAAAAGAAACUGAUUUACCAGUUGAAUAUUUAAGUAGUUCAUUGGCACAACAACAACAGGUACCAAAUCGUAAAACACCUGAGGAAGUACAAGAAGAAGAAGAACUUGCACUUGCACUUGCAUUGAGUCAAAGUGAAGCUGAAGAAAAAGAAAAACAAAAAAAACGUAUGACAAAUGCAUAUAAAAUAAAUUCAUCAUUAAUAAAUAAAACAACAUAUUCACCACCAUCAUCACCAGCACCACCAAGUCCAUUAUUGACAAAUAAAAAAGACCAACAACAACAACAAUCACAUCAACAACAACAACAAGAUGAUUCACAAGUUGAUCCAGAAUUAGCACGUUAUAUGAAUCGUAAAUAUUGGGAACAACGUGAAGCAUCAAUAAGUGAUGAACAAUCACGUCAAAGAACAGAUGUAACAAGUCCAUCAGCACCAAAUAUUAGUAGUCCAAUGCCACAGAGAUUAGUUGCAACUGAUAAAUCAGAUAAUAAUGAUGAUAUUGAAAAUAUGGAUGAAUUUGUAGCUCAUUUACGUUCACAAGUUGAAAUAUUUGUAAAUCGUAUGAAAAGUAAUUCAUCACGUGGACGUUCAAUAUCAAAUGAUAGCUUUUUUCAAAAUUUAUUUAUGACAAUAUCAACAAUGCAUUCACGUUUAUUAAAACAUAUUAGAGAACAUGAUGAUACACGUGUUAUGUAUGAAGGUUUACAAGAUAAAUUAGCACAAGUUAAAGAUGCACGUGCUGCACUUGAUGCAUUAAGAGAAGAACAUCGUGAUAGAUUACGUCGUGAUGCUGAAGAAGCUGAACGUUUAAAACAAAUGCAAAUGGCACAAAAACUUGAUAUUAUGAGAAAAAAGAAACAAGAAUAUUUACAAUAUCAACGUGAAUUAGCAUUACAAAAAAUUCAAGAACGUGAAAGAGAAUUACAAAUGCGUCAAGAACAACAAAAACAACAAUAUAUUAUGGGUAGUUAUCAACCGGUUGGUAAUUAUAUUGGACCUAAUCAACAAGGUUCACCAAUACAUCAAUUACAUUAUCAUCAUCAACAACAGCAACAGCCUCCUAAUAAUUUUAACCAAAUGUCACCAACAACAAAUCAAGGUCUUUAUGCAUAUGGACAAGGACAAAUUGGUAAUUAUCCAAUGCAAAAUUAUGGCAUGCCAUCAAUUAAUCAAAUGGGACAACAACAACAACAACAACACAUGAUGGCUGGUAUGGCAAAUCAACAAGAGCAUCAAACUGCUCAAUUGGCUGGCAAUGAAGCAAUUCAACAACAACAACAAUCACAACCACAACAACAACCACCACAGCAACAAGGAAUUAUGUCACAACAAAUACAAAAUAAUCAAAAUCAUCCACAAAUGACACAAUUAAGUGGUCCUGGACACCAAAUGGUAAUGCCUACUGGUCAUCCAUCAACUGGACCAUCACAGCUAUCUCAAAUUCCACAAGUUGGUCAUCAACAAGCACCAGGACAUAUUGCCAAUCAAAUAAACAUGCAACAUCCUCAAGGUAUGCCAACUGGACCACAAGGUAUGCCUUUGGUUCAAGGUAAUAUACCAACUGGACCUCAUAUUAUACAUUCUGGUCAAGGUAUUCCAUCUGGAGCUCAAAAUAUUCCAAGUGGUCCUCAUAGCAUACAACAAGGACCUCAUAGCAUUCAACAAGGUCCUCAUACUAUACAACAAGGACCUCAUAGUAUACAACAAGGACCUCAUAGCAUACAACAAGGACCUCAUAGCAUACAACAAAGACCACAAGGAGUUACACAAAUAUCACAAGGACAAAUGACCCAUGGACCUCAGGGUCCAAUAACACAUAGACCACAGCAAGGUCAUAUUAUGACAACUGGUAAUCAAGGUAUUCCAAUUGGAACACAAAAUAUUCAAACUGGACAACAAAUUACACAACAUCCACCAAUUGGAAAUAUUGGUACGAUUAAUGUUAAUCCAGGACAUCAGGCUAUUGUUCAAGGACAAAUACCACAAAUAUUACCAUUCCAGCCACAACCACAACAACAACAGCAACAAAAACAACAAAAUGUUACAACAAUUGGUGAAUCAAUAAGACCACUCCAAGAUAUAAAGACUUCUGGUGAUGACACUGCUGAGCUCAUCUCUUUUGAUUAAUUAUAAAUAUUAUUUUAUUAUUAUUGAUUAUGAAAAUUUAAAAAAUUAAUAAAUACAAUAAUAAUAUUAAUAAUAAUAAUGAAAUAUAAUAAUUAUUAUAAUUAAUUAUUUGACUUUAAAUCAUUUGAUUUUUUUUUUGUUUUUAAAAUUAAUCAUUAAUUUGGUUUCAGGAUUUUUUAUUUUUUUAAAAUGCACAGUGAUUUUUUUAAAAAAAAUUUGAGAAUGUAAUUUAUUUAUAAAUUCUAAAUUAAAGGAAAAAAAAGGGAAUAUAAUAUUAUGUAUAGGAAGAAAGAAAAUUUUUGUUGACCCAUUUAUUUUGAAUAUUUUAAAGUCAAACGAUUAAUUAAAAAUAUUAAAAUUAAAUAAUUGUAGUAAUGAAAUUUUAAAAUAAUGAACAAAAUAAAAAUCAAUAAAAUAAAAAUAAA